CGAAGGCUUCCAGAAAUCGCCGAUUUCUAAAGCCAUAGAAGUGUCUUUCUUUGGCAGAUUGGGGGCGAGGAGGAAGGCUUGGGAAAAAGAAGGAUACCCCAAAUCAUCCUUUUUAUUCAGAUUUCGCCUUCAUUUCAUUUGUUUGACUAUCAUUUGGAUCACAUAUACAAAGAAAUCUGUCUAAAAUGGGCCUUAUGUGUGUGGUGGUCCUCAGUACCCUCCUGUGUUCAGUUUGGUCAUCAACCAUUAAAGCAAAAGAUGAACACCGUACAGCUUUUUUCGGGGAGGACGUUCAUAUUCCCGUGCCGGAUUUGGACGCAACAGAGGUGACGUUCAUGCCGAGGUUGAAUCCGCUGUCUGAGCGCACUCUGCUGAAGAACGGGAAGAUUGUGUACGUAGGAGCCAAGCUGAACGCUCACAUCAGCCACUUGAUUCUGGAGGAUGUGGGUGAAGAAGAUGAGGGAACGUAUGUGGUGAGGAAUUCUGCGGCCCCCGCUGAUGUCAGACGGAUCAUUCUCAUUGUUAGAGACUGUGCGACAGAGACUGUGGUGAAAUAUGGAGACACGUAUCAUAUCCCGAUCAACCCUAACAUCGGUCCAUACACCCUUGAGUUCAGGUCGGCGGGUCAGACUCAUGUUAACGUGACCACGGAGGAACCACCCGUAUUACUUCUCAACCAGACGGUCAUCACGUCCGAAGAGUACCAGAACCGUCUGAUCAUCAGCGAGAAGAGAGUCAACCUUCAUCUGGUUACAGGAGCCGAUGAGGGCAGCUACACCCUCAUUGACAGCGAUGGCAAAGUCAGAAUGAGGACCUGUCUCAAUGUGAAAGAUCACCAUAUCUUUGAGCACCUGAAAUACGGAGGAACCCUGAAGAUCAAGCUCCAUGUAGACUACACCAAAGUCCGAAUGGUCUACAUCCCAGACACUGACCACAAGGAGCGACUCAUCCUGGACCAGGGCGAGCUGGUGAUGCCUCUGGACCCUGCUUUGGACGGUCGAGUGUCUGUAGAAGAAUCAAUGUUCUACCUGAGGAAGGUCAAAGUGAGCGACAUGGGUCUCUUCAGAGUGAUGCAUUUUUCAGGCUUCCGCAUAGCUGACGUCUACCUUCACGUGGAGCCUUAUAAAUUGCCACAGCUUUACGUGGCGAUCAUCGCCCUGCUGUCUCUGCUAGCCUUUCUGCUGCUGGUGUGUCUGCUGUCCUGUCUGAUUAAAGUUCACCGGCGGGCGGAGAAAGCGCGUAAGAUCACCCUCAUCGCUCAGCAGGCUGGCAAGGGCGAGGGAGAGGUGUUCAGACAGGUGGUUCAUGACGCUUACACUAGAUUCACAGAGGAAUCCACUGUGCAGUCCACAUGGGAGAACGUCACAGAAAGCACGGAAGUUGAGAUCAAAGGUCUCGAGGUAUCAAAACCAGGUCAAUACCAGGCCCUCCAAUCUGACAAAAACUUCUUGGAGAUGAACGACUCAGGCGUGGAGUUCGCCUCAUCCGCGCUCCCUCUGGACAGCGACACGGAUGUACCCGACAAUCUCAUCUCUCACAAGGCCCUGCUUGAGUCUGACACCCUCGCCGGUGUCGCCCCGGCCCUUUCCGAGGGCGAGCACAGCGCCACUCGCACCCCUGACUCUGAUCUGAGCGCCAGCCCUGCCACCCAACCCAAAUCUGGGGCUCAGACAGAUGACGGCCUGAUCGGAGCGACCACACCUGAGGAAACGGCUCAAGCCAACGGGCUGGAUGCAAAGAUAAGCAAAGAUGCGUCGCCGCUUUCCGAUAAAGUCGCUGUGGUGGAUCCAAGUAACGCAAGCACAACCUGAGUGCCGCAGAAGGGUUAGUUUCACCAACCAACUCAUCGUGUCUUCUUUUGCGCCCACUUUGCAUCCGUAACAUCUCACCGCUUGCAUUGCUCAUCGUGACACGUGGAUUCAUCUGAUGUGUAACAAAUGGUUUGUCGAACAAGCAGAAACCCACAAGAACAAGUCUAACACACUUAGAAAAAAAAUGAAUAAAACAUGACGUUGGAAGAAAUGGUUAAUGGUUCUGCACUAUGCAUGCCUGUAAAUUGAGUUCCGCUAACAGCCGAGUGCUGGAUUAGAGAGAGCAUUUAGUGCAUGUGAAGAAGAAAAUAAAAACCUUACAACACUUUCAAGACGCACAUACGGAUGGUAAAUAUUUCAGACGUUACUCAUGCAACUGUACCAGGAACUGCCUGAGUUUGAAGCAACUGAAAAGGAGAGUACAUGGGUCACAUAUUUUACAAACACUUCACCUACCAGAUGCCAAAAGAAUACACAUAACUUCAUUUCAAGAUCAAUUUGAAUGCAGUAUUUGCUCCACCUGGUGUUUCCGGACUUCCUCUAGUGACUCACCACCAACUCAGACGCGCAGUGCUGAUCUUCUUUGUCAAUGCUAAACUAAACACUUUUGUUCAGGAUCACACAGAUGACAGGAGUCUGAUAUGGUGGCUCAAACGUUGUAAAUAGGAUAAUCUGCAUUGAGGGUUUUCGGCCCAGAGGGGCUCUGCUGAUGGAACGGCUUGUGUCAGCAGUUAAAGGUGCUGACUACACUUGGGCUUUUCUUUGUCCUCGUUUCCUCAUCCACUCAUACUAUCCCCUAUUCUUCUUUAUUUCAUUUUAACUAGGGCUGUCAAACGAUUAAUCGCGAUUAAUCACAUCCAGAAUAAAAGUUUGUGUUUACUUAAUAUGUGUCUGUGUGUUGUGCAUAUUAAUUUUGUAUUUAUAAAUACAAAAACAUACACAUACAUGUACAUAUAUUUAAUACAAUUUUGAGAUGUAUUAUUUAUAUUUACCAAUAACUUAAAUGACAUAAACGUUUAUUCAUUUGUAUAUGUUAUAUUUUUCUUAAUCGUAUGCAUGUAUGUGUAUGUGGUUAUAAACACAACGUUAAUAUGCACAGUACACAGACAUAUAUUAUGUAAACACAAACUUUUAUUCUGGAUGCGAUUAAUCGCUUGACAGCCCUAAUUUAAACAUGUUUGAACAGAUGAAAGAUCUUUGGAUAGUUGUAGGUCCGUAGUGAAAAGUGUUCUUGAUUCUGAAUGGUAACUUUGUGGAGUGUCUAUCACCUCUUUUAAUUUUUUGUAUUUAUUUACAUAUUUGUUUUAGAAUAUUUGAAUAACCUUACUGAACAAAGAUGUCGACAAUUGGGCUUGUGCAAUUUAUGAAAUGAGUGAAAAUGAUUCUGCAUGUCGGCGCAGUUAGCCCUGUGGUGAGUUUGAUUCCCAGCUCGGAAGUCCUUUGCCGAGCUCCCAUCUGUGCCCAAUGCAUUCCUGUCAUUUCUAAACUGUCCUUUCCCUAUAGUAACAAAAAAAAGAAAUAACGUAGGAAUUCUGAUGUAAAUAUAAAUAGUUAAAAUAAAAGUUAAAUUCACCUUAGGACAUGAUACAACUUCUAAAACAUCAACAUACAUAUACAACCCACAUUCUUUAGAUAACAUUUUCAUAGAACUUAAUCAUAAACUUAAUUGUAAUCAUUAUUUUUACUAAAUGCAUUUAUGCUGAGAAAUGAUGUGUGUGGAAGAUUAUAAUGCAAUAUUAAAAUGAGUUAGCUAGCCAUGGGGUCGUACCCUGAUGCUUCAUGAGAUGGGGCUUGACCUGCUGGUAAAAUUGCUACCUCAUGUUUUGAUGUCUGCAGGACACGCACACAGUAUGAUAAAACAGAGACAGGGUGAAAAAAUUAUAAUAAACAAUAGGGAUGUAACGAUUCACCGUGAGCCGGUUGAAAAUCGGUUACAAUGAGUGACGAUUCAAAUCGGUUGAGGUGUGAACUGAAUCGCAAUACGUUUUUUGAACAGCAGGGGCCGCUAUUUUCACUGCAAACCUACACGUGGACAUGCUGAUAUUUCUUAAAUGCAAAAAAAUCCAAGAAAAGCUCAGACAGUAUUAGUUUGUUUAUAUUAAAGAGACUUUUUCUAUUAUUAAUUUGUUAUAAAAUUGCAGUUUAGUUUUGUUAUUUGAAAUAAAACAUUAUUUUAUUAUACAAAGAAACGUGAAGCAUUUAAGAAAAUGCAAGGGAAGUUGUUCAUUUCUAAUUUGUUUCAACUCAUUUUGUAAAAAUAAAUCGUGAAUAAAUCGCAUCGUGAGAUCAGAAUCGUGACUCGCAUCGCAUCGUGAGCUGAGUGAAUCGUUACAUCCCUAAUAAACAAUUAAAGCACAAUGAAAAUUAAAGCCUUGAAAUGCUCUUGAAAUCGCAGCUAAUGUUAAAACAGCGGUUUGCAUAACGAAAUUAUGAUAAAAACGAAUAAUCUCUUUUGAUCUUUGAAUGAUUCCUGUAUUAAAUGCAAUUACAGAGCAGAUUGCUUGUCAUUUUUAAACAACUUUCUAAAUUCUACUGACAUUGCGAGAACAGUCCAAAAGAGUUUUGGAUUGUGUUGAUGCCAGUGAGAUGCAUUUGAUGAUCUCGCUGCAAUUUUUGACUAGCUUUUAUUAAAGACCCCCAUUCCUUCAAUUCUAGUAUUAAGAUUUUAAUUUUAGGGUUCUUGUGUAUCACACGGAGUGAAUGUGCAGUUAUUGGGCCUUAUGAAGCAAUAUUAGUGUGAAAGCACUGCACACACACACAUGCAUACUGGGUAGGUGCAAUAGUAUGAACAAACAUACACCUUCUGUACAUAAAUAUAUUGCAUGUAAAUGAUCAAUUACCUUUCUAUCCAAUGAUUGCUGGCUUCUCUUUUUACUCACAAUAACACACAAAGCUUAAUGGCAAAACAUACAAGUGAGUUAUGAUCUCACAUUCAACAAAUUGUCACGCUUUACUAAUGCAUUGACUGCUUUUUAUCUUAUCACUUAAGAAUGAUUUUAAUUAUGCAAGACACAGCAAAAGACUAUUGUUACUCUUAUUGAUUCAAUUAUACUCUCUCUUGUAUGCACUGAUGUCAUAGAUCUAGUAUAUACGCAAUUUAAAGAGAUACAUAUGCAUGCUGAACGAGGUUGCUUGUUAGAGAGUUCAUAUCACAUUACUUUGUCUCUGAUGAGAAGUAUUCUUAAAGCCAGUGUUCAUGUAGUGAUGCAUAUCAAAUUGUUUGACUUACAUUGUAAAAACAAAUGUGAACCUCUUCAACUCAAAAUGUUUUAAUGACAACAUUUUUGAUUUAAUAGAAAAACAGAUAAAGUCACUAGAAUAGGCGUGGCUUUUUUAAUAGUUGUUCAGACUUAUGAAAAUUAGUUUUGGUAUGUCACUUCAGUUUUUAUUCAUAGUUAUGACAUUUAGAGUAAUGAAAAUGAUGUUUAUGAGCAGUUUGUACAUUUUCAAUUCUUGGGUAUUUUAAUGUUUGUUAAUAAAAGGAACGCCUUUUUUUCAUUUCUCACUAGGAAAUCAUAGACGACCGUUUUAAAAAUAGCUUUAGUGCUUGUUAAGGUGCACUUCAGGUAUUUCACACCUGAAGUCUCCCACAGUAAAUGUACCAAUAUAUCAUUUUGAUAUUUUUGACCAUUUGAAGCAUACAGUAAAUAUAUGCUGGUUGUAUUUACGGUUUAAGCUUGGAAUGUUAUUGAUUGUAUUUGAUUGUAAAACAAAUCUUUACCCCGACUUUCUAAACAAUUCACUUUGGUUCAUUUGAUGUUUUUAAAUGCGCAUUUACAGGUAGCCUACAGUGCGUCUAAAUCAUAAUCCUACAUAAGAAUAUGCACUUAUCACACCGACAGGCUCACUCGCAUGUUAAAACAAGAUUUUUGAGUGGUAUAGAUUACCAGCAAUACAAAUCCAUCCCUGAAGCCUGCUCGGGUGUGACCAAACCUUUGAUAUCACAUCAUUCAACAAGCUCAGGAGUGUAUGUUCUUCUAAAUUAUUUAAGAUAAUUACAUUUUUUAAAUGUUACAUGAACUGAUCUUCUGCCAGUUUACACGCAAGAAUUCUCAGGAGAAAGGUUUAUCAAAGUUAUCUUGUCUAGACAUUUUGUUCUUCCAAAUAACCGUUGAGAACCAUUGAUUCACAGCCAGAGAAUGAAGACCGUUAAUGAUUGAUAUUGCUUUGAUGGCAUGAGAUUAAUGACAGACUUUAAUGUAACCACGGAUAUUAACAAUACUUCACAGUCAUGUACAAAGUAAAGAUGAUCAUGUUUUGGGCUGUACUUGUGGCUUCAAAUUGGUUUACUUUAAGCAAAUUUUUUUUCUGGAAUGAAUGAUGAAAAUAAAGGACCUUUGAUUGAC